GAGAGCCGCUGCGAGCUCGACGCUCCCAAGUCCUGCUGCCUUCUGACGUUUUGCACGCCGAGCUGACUGCUUGCUAUGUUCGAGUUGAGAACCCAAAGAGCCAGCACCGCGGGACGGGGAAGGCUCAACACUUCGCUGUUCGAGACGUGACUUUUGUUCGCUUCUUGGAACAAGCCUUGCAGAAGGACAAGCCCGAGACUCCGCUGUUUCCUGCCAGCCCGGCUACUUUCCGGCGACGCUGGCACAACUUGCUCAAGAGCUUGGGCGUACCUCGGAACCUGCGUUUGACACCUGGAGGCUUGAGGGCUGGAGGUUGCGUUCACUUAUACAACCAGGGGACAUCAAUCCCCAACCUCAUGUGGCAAAUGCGAAUCCGGCAGCAGACUACGCUGGAGAGUUAUUUGCAAGAGAUUGCUGCUUUGAACGCGCUCCCGGCUUUGACCCCAGAGGCCAGGAGAUCCAUCGAAGCGGCGUCUUCUUUGUACCCGUACCAGCUGCAAGCUUUCCGAGCAUAG